GUCCACAAAGCGCGCGCGACAGUGACGAGAAGAGAAAACAAGCAGUGGGAAUUCUCUGCGCUCUCGUCGCACGGUGAGCGGGCACUUCAGUCGCCGAUUCGACAGAGACUCUCUCACCUUGCGCAGAGUCUAUCUAUUCCUCGACUUCUCGCGCGCCGGUCACUGGCCCGAUAUUAUACAUUAUAAUAUUCGUAUUGGCAACAGAACCUGCCUGGUAAGAACAGCACACGUGCAGCUUCGAACAGCUGACUCGCUGCAUUUUGACACGUGCAAAAGGCGGAGCUACGAUAAAAAGGGAAAAUCUCGACAGCGAGGAUGGGUCGGAGACUGCUCGCGAGUUUACUACUGCUCGCAGCGAGCAGCAGCAUGGUCAACGGCAGAAAGCCAGCGAAGGAGUUCUCCGCUGUAGACAUGCUGCGCAAGCAGAUAAUGGAGCUGGACGAUCCGCGAGACGAACCGGCGCGCUCGUUCAGGACGUCCUCGGGGGAGGAGCGCAGUGACAGCAAGGAGCAGUUGCUCGUCGCGGCGAUUCGCAAGUACAAGCGCGUGGGCGAUCGAAUAGAGCGCGAGUUCGCCACCGAUCACGAGCAGUACCUCGAAGUGCUCAACACGCUGUGGCUAUGGGCGAGGACGCAGUCGGAAUUGCGUACCAUCGAGAGCAUUUACAUUACGUAUCGGCGGAUGCAGGAUGACCUGGUGAAUCGAGCCGAGCCGCUGGACGCGAGGCAGUGGUCGAACUUCGCGAAAACCGUGCUGAGCGACGCGCACCUGUCCAUACCCGCGGCCAUCGAGCGCACCAGCGAUUUCAUCGUCAAUCAGCGGCUAUUCCUCGCGGCGAAUCAGGAAGCGUCGACGCAGAUAUGCAACAAUCAGCAGUCCCCGCAGCAGCUGCUCUACAACCUCUACAGCACAAUCGCCCUCACCGAAAUCAAGGGAUACACGAUGAUGCAGUUCUCCUGGACGAUACUCAAGCUCUACAACAUCGGCAAUUUCACCGAGGAAAUGGAACAAUUAAAGCAACAGUACGCAAUCAGAACGUCCGAAACUUUGAGAGCCGUGAAGACUGCGAUGGUCUUUGCCCCUCGUGAGAUUUGGAAGUGCGACCCCGCCAAGCACAGGAUGGAUGUGACCUACACGGAACUGAAGCAGGUGUUCCAAGGAUACCUCGUCAAUGAGGUGGACAUGAAUCCUCAGUCGACCUGCAAAGAGAACUGUGUCUACUACAGCUACUCAAAAGUCUACGGGUGCUAUCAGAAUCAAUUCUGUGCCACGCAAAAGCGCUGUAACGGCAAGCUGAUCAACUGCCAGUACGUCGACUCGGAUAUGUGGGUCUGCCCAUCGGAGAAGAGCAGCACCCGCCGUUACGAGUACAUUGAGUACGAAAACGGACAAAUGUACGGGCAGAAGGGUACCUGCUCACGAGGUACCACCAAGGUCGAUAGCUGGUGGCGCUGGCUGUUCUGGCACUGCAGCUACUGCAUGUGCUUCUGCGAUGACCACAAUUCCAGCUCGGACCGCUACUUCAAUUUGCGCGACGUCAUCUCCGACAUCGACAAUAACAAGGUCGUCACGGGAGUACAGAUGAAGAAGGAGAAUCAAAUUAUUCACAUUCAGAUUCAAGAGGGCACGUUGUUGCCGCGAGGAGCUAUCGACGCUCAAAGUGUCUCUUGGAAAAAGAUCGACAACUACACCAUCAUUGAUCCGGAAGUUCGAGCUGGUAUUGACUACCACACAAUUAUGUGGGAAAAAAGAGCCGUCGAUCUUGAUGACCUUGAUGCACCACAAGAUCAUCUUCUCACAGGACUGAGAUUCCGAGUUAUUGGCGCUCACCUCAAUCUUGAGAUUCGCAUGACACCCUUCAAUUUCACCUCAGGUACUCUCUUCAAAGAGAUGAGCGUUUGGCACUCGUACGAUACGACCGAUGCUAGUGAGCUCUACGACCUCGACGGCGAAACUUACGUAGCUAAGAAAAGGACCGAAGUGAAAUUAAAUAAACCGGACGUGUCGACACGCUCGCAAGUUCAGUCGAUACCAGACUCGCAUACCAAUCAGUACAUCCAGUUUGGUCCGACUGAUUUGGAAAAGGACGCGGGACAAAGCACGAUACCGUUCAUCGACACUCAGCGCGUUGAACCCAAGCCUCCGGUGCCUAUCUCCGGCGCGGGUAUCUUCCACAAAGGACGUGGUGGUUACGGUGGCUUCCUUUCUCUCAAGCUCAUCACCUACAACUUUGAGCCACAAUUGCGCGCCGAACUUCCAUCUACACCACCGGUCAUUGCGAUGAGCAAUGAUGUUGACGCCAUGUGACAAGACACAACGAUAAUUAAAGUAAUCGACAAAACAUCCAAAGAACGCCAAUAAAAAACACGGUGCUCUAAGCCUCUACCAAUGAUCUAUACUCAAGCAUUUUGCGACUGCCCAUGCCUCCUCUCUCAGGACGCAAAUUAUAUAAUGUUAUUUGAUUAUUUCUGUUUCGAUGAAUAGAUCUUUUUUAGUUGGCUUUGUAAUCUAUAAGGCAAUUUACCUUGAUGAAACAAGAAAUUAGAAAAAUAUUUUCGUUUUUUUCUAUCGACAUUUCAUACAUAACUAUAUGCAUGACUUUAGUUCGUAAGUUGAGAUUUCGUUUUUUGCGUAAAACAUUUGAAUAUACUGUGAUUUUACUUUAUAAAAGAAAAAAAAUAUGUAUGUAAGCAAUGCCACUUUUACUUGGCGAAAACAUUAUUAUGUACGUUAUAUUUGUACUACCUUAAAUACAUUUUUUGUAGUAAGAACGAAUUAUUUACUUGUAUUUC